CUCUUUAAGUAUCAGCGCCAGUCCGCCUGUUCGUCCGUCUGACUGCUGCGACUGGGGCACCUGCGCAUACGAGGCAGCAGCCUGCUGCGGCCCAGCUAGCAGGAUGAAGGUCCAGUGGUGGGGCUGCAUGUUGGGAUUAUUCUGCAUGCCUGCUGAAGUCAUACUCAUCAUCUGGACAGCUUCUCAAAACCCAGCAUCCACCUCAUACAAGAGAGUCAACUCAUCUGCUGAGAUCACAUGCUCCACGUCUUUGUCCGACCCGAUGGGGGUUUACCUGCACAGACGUUUCCACAGCAACAAAGACAUUGUGUACUUGUCCUUGAAGGGAGGACUAAUCACCAAGAAUACCAUAAAUGAAGACUUUGCAGGCCGAAUCGUUGUAACUCCAGACCAGCAGAUCAAAGGGGGUUAUGGGUUCACCAUGCAGCUGUCUCUGCUGGAGCUGGAGGACACCAACUUGUAUUACUGCAGCUGGACUUACUUUGAAUUGAGCAAGAAACAAACGGUGUCCAGCAACGGCACCGUCAUCAUCGUCAGUGAGACUGGCCCCAAAGAGCAAUGCAGGGAGCCCAUCUGGGAUUUCACCUUGAUUUUAUUGAGCAUUACAGCUUUUAUCGUCGUUUUGUCGCUCUUCAUUGCGGCACUGAUUUGGAGGUGCAGACGAUUUAAAAAGCACUUCAGGCCUGGCAGAGCUGCAGAGCCACCAGCACCAGACAGGCCUCAGCACGUCUGUCCUCAGCAGCAUGUUCAACUGUCUCCUUACCUAAUCACAUCUUCAAGCCAUUCAGAUUUCAGAGGAAUUUUGUAAAGCUGAGAUCUGAUGCGAAGCAGAUGAUAAGAUGUGAUCAUUCUUUGUAAAAAGCUGUAAAAAAACAUCUUUGUGGUAAAUCCAUCACGCAGAGGGGUUUCUAUCUUGAUACUGAUCUAUGCAGCCAACAGCUCGCCUUGUGCUGUGCUGCCUGUCAUUUCCUUUCAUAUACAAAUUUGUUUUGUUUGCAGAAAAGUGACUGAGCUACCACAUCCUGGCUGAUGUGGGGUGUACAGGUGUGAUGUAUGUGAGCCGUGCUAGGUGAAGAAAAAACUGCAAAGCAAGCAAUUUUUCUAUUUUUUGUGAUGCACCGCACUUUGGCUUGACCUCUUUGUUUUUACUUCUUUCAUGUCCAGUAAAGAGAUGUGUCGCUUUCCAACAAAUGUACCCCACUGCCUGAUUUAAAAUGUACAUCAAAUCUAAGCUUCUAAAGUUCUUGUUGUUCUUUUAGUUUUUCAAUACUCAUUUAAAAGAACUAGAAUCAGUUUUAUUGUUGUUGUAUAAUGUAGAAUAAAAAGUUGCACGUGACUUGUCUCUUUCUGAACAAAUAACAUACUGGAAAUAAAUAUAUAGAAAAACAAGGAAAAUGUAGAAAAAUUUUAUGAAAUAUAAAAAGAAUCAGUCAAUAAGUAAUAUACUUUUUUUUUUUUAUCCUUUUGCAUUGUUCAGGCUAAUGCACUGAUGUUCUGUUAUCCUGGGACCCAGUCUCUGUAAGUGUCAAUUAAAAGACCCAAGAUCAACUGA